GCUGGUCUAAACCUCAACCUCUUCGCCGCUCUCUCCGGCGCUUUCAGUUCAAAGUCGAAAAAGAGCACGCGCCAGGAAGCGAAUGGGGACAGUGUUACGGAGGAGGAGAGGUGGGAUAGAGGUGAAGCAAGUGGUAUUGCCAGGGCCCAAGGGAGCGCGUACGCGGCUGCGAAUGCGGAGGAAAGAGAAGUCAAGGCGAAGAGGGUUGAUCAUUUGGGAAUUGAAAGGUGA